UUUUUGUUUUCAUAAUAGAGUAGGUAGCGAAGUAUCGUUUCAGUGCACUUAUAGCUCGCGGCAUCACAAUAUCUACUACUGUAUUUUCAAAGUGAAGAAAAUGUAAGAAAACGGUGAACUUUUGCAUAGCAUUUUUGGAAAUAAUAUGUAAGCGUAAAUAAACAAUCGCGUAAGCAACGGGCUCGCACUGCCAAAUUAUUGAGCUAACAUGGCCAUCACAUCACCGCGGAGCCUUAGCUGUUUCGCUCCUAUUGUAGAGUAGAGAUCACGUGACCCUCGUACUAGGCCUGCUGUCUGUUUUCAGUGGAGGGAGAGAGAGGAAGAAAAAUGGCGACUGUAGGCGACCCGGAGCGGGACGCCGGCCAUUCUGUUUGAGCUUUCUCUCGCUAACUGAGUCCGGGGCUUAGUGGGACUACUUCUCGGUUAUCUACGGAGGUUCAACUACCAGGCGGUACCCGUUUUCCCGGGUUUACGUGGGCGAGUUGCGCGCGAAAACUGAAAUUGAAAAUAAUACAUUUGUAUCUAUAUAAUGAGGGGGAGAAGAGGCAGGCCGCCUAAACAGGCGCUGAUGCAGGAGCCUUCCCCCGGGCCAGUCCGCGGUUUGAGACCCAGGCGAGGAUUACGUGGAAAGGGUAGAGGUACGACCGAUGUCGAAAUUGCGACUCCCAGGAGGGGAAAUUACCACUCCUCGAGAGGCAGGAGGAAAGUGGGAUCAACCACGACAUCAAGGGGUAGAGGAAGAGGCAGGGUUGCAGGCAGCGGCGGAGGAAGAGGGAGACGGGCGGUAAGCAAGGUGGUCUACGAUGACCAUGAGAGCGAUGAAGACGAGGAUGCAGUGAGCUUGAGAUCGGAGGAAGACGAGUUUUUACACGAAGAGCCGAUAUCGGACGAAGAAGAGGAGGCCUUGGACGACGAGUCCGAUUAUCUGGAGGAAAUACCCGAUGAAGAUGAUGCCAGCUACUGCACUGAAAGCAGUUUUCGGAGCCAUAGUACGUACGGCAGCACUCCAGGGCCGAGGAGGUCGCGGGUGCACCGCCCGCGCUCCCCCAUCUUCGAGGAGAAGGAGGUGCCGCCGCUGGAGCUGCCCAAGACGUCGGAGGACCUGAUGAUCCCGGGCGAGCAGCUGCUGAGCGUGUCGGCCAUCUUCGAGGUGCUGCGCAACUUCGGCACGGUGCUGCGGCUGUCGCCCUUCCGCUUCGAGGACUUCUGCGCGGCGCUGGUGGGCCAGGAGCAGUGCACGCUGAUGGCGGAGACGCACAUCGCGCUGCUGAAGGCCAUCCUGCGCGAGGAGGACACGUCCAACACCACCUUCGGCCCCGCCGACCUCAAGGACAGCGUCAACUCCACGCUCUACUUCAUCGACGGCAUGACGUGGCCCGAGGUGGUGCGCGUGUACUGCGAGAGCGACCCGGAGUACCACCAGGUGCUGCCGCACCAGGAGGGCGAGGACUACCCCUUCGGCCCGCUGGAGAGCAAGAUCAAGGUGCUGCAGUUCCUGGUGGACCAGUUCCUCACCACCAACAUCGCGCGCGAGGAGCUGAUGUCGGAGGGCGUGGUGCAGUACGACGACCACUGCCGCGUGUGCCACAAGCUGGGCGACCUGCUGUGCUGCGAGACCUGCUCGGCCGUCUACCACCUGGAGUGCGUCAAGCCGCCGCUGGAGGAGGUGCCCGAGGACGAGUGGCAGUGCGAGAUCUGCGUGGCGCACAAGGUGCCCGGCGUCACCGACUCGGUGGCCGAGAGCCAGAAGAGCCGGCCGUACAUCCGCCAGGAGCCCGUGGGCUUCGACCGCCACCGCCGCAAGUACUGGUUCCUCAACCGGAGGAUCGUGGUCGAGGAAGACGGCGAACACGAGAACAAGAAGAUAUGGUACUACAGCACGAAGGUGCAGCUGGCCGAGCUGAUCGACGGCCUGGACAGGGAGUACUGGGAGGCCGACCUGUACGCCACCCUGCAGGAGAUGCGGGAGGAGGUGCACACCCACAUGGACAUCACCGAGGACCUGACCAACAAGGCCAGGGGCAGCAACAAGUGCUACCUGACCGCAGCCAACGAGGAGAUCCUGGAGCGGCUGAAGGCCAAGCAGGACGCGGAGAUGGAGGAGGUGAAGAGGCGGGCGGCGGAGGAGGCGGAGAAGACCCGGCGGGAGUCCGGGGUGGAGCUGCCGCCGCCCCCCGAGGAGGAGCAGCCGCCGCCGGACGGGCCGCCCGAGCAGGAGGAGCCGAAAGAAGACGAGGGCGGGGCUGCGGCCGCAGAUAAGUCCAGUGAGGAGGGCGAGUCCGCCCUGGCCCAGCCCCCGCAGCCCAGCGACGAGAACAGCAACAGCAGCCACGCGUCCGCCUCCGAGCCGCCCAAGGGCCCCGAGGAGCCCGACAUCGCCGACAAGUCCUCCCAGUCCUCCGUCACCAGCCUGGACGACACGGGUGAGGGGAAGGAGAAGUCGAACGGCGAGGGAGCGGGCGGGGCCCGGGGCGCCCUGGCGUCCACGCGCAUGGUGACGCGCCUGCGGAACCCGGAGAGCAAGCUGAGCCAGCUGAAGAGCCAGCAAGUGGCCGCAGCCGCCCACGAGGCCAACAAGGCCUUCAAGGAGGGCAAGGAGAUCCUCACUGUAAGCACUCAAGGAGAAGUGUCUCGACUGAGCACCAAGAAGGAAAUAGUGAUGAAGGGCACCUUGAGUAACUUCUUCAAGCUGGGCCAGGAGGGCAAGUACCGGGUCUACCACAACCAGUACAGCACCAACACCCUGGCCCUCAACAAGCACCAGCACCGCGAGGACCACGACAAGCGGCGCCACCUGGCCCACAAGUUCUGCAUGACCCCGGCGGGCGACUUCAAGUGGAACGGCUCGGUCCACGGCUCCAAGAUGCUCACCAUCUCCACCCUGCGGCUGACCAUCGUGCAGCUGGAGAACAACAUCCCCGCGCCCUUCCUGCACCCCAACUGGGCCUCUCACAGGUCCAACUGGAUCAAGGCGGUGCAGAUGUGCAGCAAGGCGCGGGAGUUCGCCCUGGCCCUGGCCAUCUUGGAGUGCGCCAUAAAGCCGGUGGCCCUCCUGCCCGUGUGGAAGGACUCCCUCGGACACACCAGGUUGCAUCGAAUGACUUCCAUCGAGCGGGAGGAGAAGGAGAAGGUGAAGAAGAGGGAGAAGAAGCUGGAGGAGGAGGAGACCAUGCAGCAGGCCACCUGGGUGAAGUACACCUUUCCCAUAAAGCACCAGGUGUGGAAGCAGAAAGGGGAGGAGUACCGAGUGACGGGCUACGGCGGGUGGAGCUGGAUCAGCAAGACCCACGUGCACCGCUUCCUCCCCAAACUGCCCGGCAACACCAACGUCAACUACCGCAAGGAGCUGGAGGCUGCCAAAAGCGGGAAGACGAUGACGGUGACGACGACGGCCACGACGGCGACCGUGUGCGACGUGGACAAGAGGAGGAGCCAGCCGAGGGCGAGCGCGGAGGACCGGCCCGCGGAUGACUCCGCCAAAAGCAGGCCGGACGCGGCGAGCAAGCGCCUCCCCGGCGAGUCGCCCGAGGAGGAGAGCCAGGACUACAAGGUGGAGGAGAAGAUGGCGGAGAUGAUGAAGGACCGGCCUGCGGAGAAGGGCGACGAGCAGGACAAGGAGGAGGAGGAGGAGGAGGAGGAGGAGAUGGAGGACGCUGAGAAGAUGGAGGUCGAUGCCAGCCCGACGGACUCGGGACCGGAUAAAGAAAAAGGGAAAAGCGAGAGCGACAGCGACAUGAAGGAGGAGCCCAGAGAGGGCGAGGGGGCCGGGGGCGAGGGCCAGGGCCGGCCCAAAUCCCCGCAGAGGCCCUUCAACUACGACGUGGUGAACGUGAGCGAGGGCUUCCAGCUGCGCACGGCGUACAAGAAGAAGGUGAAGGCCUCCAAGCUGGACGGGCUUCUGGAGCGCCGGGUCCGGCAGUUCACCCUGGAGGAGAAGCAGCGGCUGGAGCGGCUCAAGCAGUCUUCCCUGGUCAAGGCGGGCGCGCGGGGCGCCGUCGCGGCCCCCCAGCCCCCCGCACCCAGGAUCAAGCUCGAGGCCAAGCCCGUCGCCGCGGCCUCGGCGAGCCCCGCGCCGAGCAGAGCGCCGGAAGCGCCGGGCCUUCCGAAGACGGCCGGGGGCGCGGCCGUUCCCCCCGGAGCCGCCGCCGCCACGGCGGAGACCGCGCCCGCGAGCGUCAAGCCCGAAACCCCGGCGCCCUGUCGGGAGGCGGGGGCCGUGGCCGCUGAACCGCCUCCCAAGCGGGACGUUUCGGCGGGGUCCGGCGCUGAGCUGAAGCCGAGCUCGGCCGGGCCCGGGACACAGGAGGCGGGCUCGGCCUCGGCCUCGGCCUGCAGGGGGAACGGCUCCGAGCCAGAGCCCGCCUCCCAGGCCCUAAGGACUGCGGACGCUCAGUCCGAGGCGUCUCCGAGGGAGAGCCAGACCGUCACUGAGCCCGAGCGCGACGCCGCCGCCCCCGCCAGGGCCGGGCGGGACGACCUCGGGAGCGCGGUGACGUCGUCCGCUCUGCCGGGGCCCGCGUCCGACGGCAACUCCGCCCUCACGCCGGCCUCUCAGAAGAGCCAGGACCGCGAGGCGGAGGGGGAGGAGGCCCGGUCGCGUCAGCCGUCCGAAUUCCUUCAGCCCGAACCCAAGGAGAAAGCGCGCCUCCCCGACGCCCGCGGGGAGCCGACCGCGGCGGAGGAGAACGGCAAGAAGCACGGAGGGUACGGGGAGAGCGGCGAGCGCAAGGAAGACGUGGGUGCCGACGGCAACCGAGAGGCGGGGACCAAGGCCGCGGAGGAAGCGGAGAAACCGCCCCCCGCCGCGGCGGUGCAGGUGAACGGGAAGGACGGCGGCGAAAACAAAGCCCUCCGGGACUGCAGGACCCCCGCGAGAGAGGCGUCCGCCCCGGGCCUGAGCAACAACGUGGAGGCGAAGGUGAACAACGUCGCCAAGGCCGGCGCGGACGGGGCGCUUCCCCUGCGGGACCCGCUGCGGCCCCUGAUGAACGGCGACCUGGCCGCCGACGCGUCCAAGGAGACGUCGAACAGCGCGGCCCUCCUCCCCCCCGCCCUGCUGCAGGCCGCCCCGCCCCCCGCGCUCGACGGCGGGAGGGUCGCUGCGGCGACGGCGGCGGCGGCGGCGGACGCCGACUACCUGCCGCCCGAGAAGGUGGCGCGGUUGGACAACGACGUGGUCCAGGCGGUGGACUCCACCGUCACCUCGCCGCCCCCCGCCCAAAUCCCCGCCGCCGCCGCCCCCCCGGCGGAGCUCCGGAGGCCCGAGGAGAACAGCAGCGCCGAGCCGGAGCCCAUGGAGGCGGAGGCCGCCCCCCCGAAGAAGAUGGUCCCGUCCCCCGUCCCGUCGGCCGAGGAGUCCAGCCUGAGCAACGACUUCACGGAGGACAGCAGCAGCGGGGCCUGCUCCGAGGCCCAGAGGGGGGCGGAGCCGGCCACCACCGUCAUCACGGAGGUCACCACCACCACCACCACCACCACCACCGUGUCCACCGAGUCCAAGACGGUCCAGAUCGCUGAGGUCUCCAGCACGCACAGCGCCGCCGCCGCUGCCGCCCCCCGCCCGGCAGUGGUCUCCGCCUCGGAGAACAGCGCCGUCUCCACCCUCACCACCAUGACCAAAACCACGGUGACCAAGGUCAGCUCCCCCGACGCGCGGGACAGCCGGCCGGACGUGGUGUCCGUCACCGAGGAGCGGCGGACCACCGUCACCACCACCGUGACGGACGCCGCCGCCGGCUCCUCCGUCACCUCCAUGACCGUCAGCAAGGAGUACUCCACCCGGGACAGGGUGCGGCUGCUCAAGUUCUCCCGGGCCAAGAAGACCCGCUCGGGCACGGCGCUGCCCUCCUACCGCAAGUUCGUCACCAAGAGCAGCAAGAAGAGCAUCUUUGUGCUGCCCAACGACGACCUGCGCAAGCUGGCCCGCCGCGGCGGCAUCCGCGAGGUGCCCGUCUUCAGCUACGUCGCCAAGCCCGCCCUGGACAUCUGGCCCUACCCCUCGCCCCGGCCCACCUUCGGCAUCACGUGGAGGUACCGGCUCCAGACGGUGAAGUCCCUGGCGGGCGUGAGCCUGAUGCUGAGGCUGCUGUGGUCCUGCCUCCGGUGGGACGACAUGGCGGUGAAACCGUCCUCCACCGGGGGCACCACCCGCACAGGUGAGCGCACAGAAACUUCAGAGACUGAAAUUACCACAACGGAGAUCAUCAAACGCAGAGAUGUUGGACCUUACGGAAUUCGAUCGGAGUACUGCAUCAGGAAGAUCAUCUGCCCCAUUGGUGUUCCCGAAACCCCCAAAGAAACGCCGACCCCCCAGAGAAAGGGCCUGCGAUCGAGUGCCCUGAGGCCCAAAAAGCCAGAGACCCCGAAACAGACGGGCCCGGUGGUGAUCGAGACCUGGGUGGCCGAGGAGGAGCUGGACCUGUGGGAGAUCCGAGCCUUUUCAGAAAGGGUCGAAAAGGAGAAGGCGCAGGCUGCAGAGCAGGCAAAGGUUAGUGAGCAGAAGAAAGCAGUGGAGUGCAAGGCACAAAUGGAGGCUCAGCUGAAGCAGCAAAGAUUGGCUGCCCAGCAGAAACGGCUGGAGCAGCAGAAACUGGCCACCGGCACCGCCGCGGCGUCCUCGCCCUCCAGCAGCCCCGCCGCCGCCGCCGCCGCCACCCCGCAGAAGGUGAUGGUAGGCUCCCUGACCAGCCAGGUCACCCCCGGCACCAAAGUGGUACUGGCCACCAAGAUGGGCUCCCCGGCGGUGACAUUCCAGCCGAACAAGAACUUCCAGCAGACGUUCGCUUCCUGGGUCAAACAGGGUCAGAGCAGUCCAGGCUCAACCACUUCCGUUGCCACGGUGGCCAGCACGACCUCCGGGCAGACGUUCCAGAUCACCAGUAGCCCGGUGACCAUGGCCGGCAAAGUCAUCACUGCCAAGCUGCCCCUCCCUGCCAACAGCAAGAUCGUCACCGUCAACGUGCCAACCACACAAGGAGGUGUGAUGCAGGUCCAGCAGAAAGUUCUGGGUAUCAUUCCAUCCAGCACCGCGGGCAACCAGCAAACCUUCACUUCAUUCCAGCCUCGGACCACCACCAUCAACAUCCGCCCCAACGCCCCGUCUUCUGUCACGGGCUCGCCCCCUCCACAGCAGGUGAUCACGGCUGGGGCUCAGAUCCGCUCAGGAAUGACCGUUAUCCGCACCCCCCUGCAGCAGGCCGGGGCCCUGGGCAAGACCAUCCUGCGGACCCCACUGAUGGUGCAGCCAGGUAUUCUCCCAGCCAGUCAGACGCAGCAGGUGGUGACGCAGAUCAUCCGGGGGCAGCCGGUCUCCACCGCCAUCUCCAGCGGCAGCUCGGUGCAGACCAGCGCGGGGCAGCGGGUCCUGAGCACCGCCGCCCCCUCGCCCCACGGCGCCGCCGCGCCCCCCGGCCAGCUGCCCGCCCCGCAGACCCCCCAGGGGCCCCGGCCCCAGCAGGGCCAGGUCAAACUCACCCUGGCUCAGCUCACCCAGCUCACCCAGGGAGCACAGAAGCAGCAUGGCGCGGCUGUGGAAAGGCAGCAGGGAGGGAACCAGGGCCUGACGGUGGUGAUCCAGGGCCAGGGCCAGACCACAGGCCAGCUGCAGGUCAUCCCCCAGGGCGUGACGGUCAUCCCCGGGCCCGGCCAGCAGCUCAUGCAGGCCGCCAUGCCCAACGGGCAGCUCCAGCGCUUCCUCUUCACCCCCAUGCCUCCGGCCGUCUCCGCGGGCAACGCCCAGGUGACGGCGGUGACCGCCACCAGCACCACGCCUUCCACACCAGCAGGGCCCACUGAGCAGAGGGUGCUGCAGCCGCAGCUGCCCAUGGCGGCUCAGCCUCAGGUCCAGGCCCCCGCCACGCCCCAGGUGUCCCUGGCGUCCCAGGUGUCCCAGGUGUCCCAGGCCCCCAUGCUCCCGGCCCAGCAGGCCGCCGCCCCGGUGCAGGCCGCCACCCUGGCCCCCGCCACGCCCCCCGCCGCCCCCCAGGCCCACCUGCCCCCCCAGACUCAGGCCCACAUGCCCAUCCAGUCCCCCACGCCCCUGCAGGUGAAGGCCCUGGGCCAGGCCUCGGUCAAGCAGGCCCCGGCCGCCGCCGCCGCCGCCGCCCGCCCCCAGCUGCAGCUGCACCCCCACCCGCCGCAGCUGAUCACCGUGCCGCAGGUGCAGGUGCUGUCGCAGAUCCAGUCGCACGUGGCCGCGCAGCUGCAGCAGCAGGCGCAGCAGGGCGGCGGCGUCCCGCAGCAGAUCAAGCUGCAGCUGCCCAUCCACAUCCAGCAGGGCGGCCAGGUGCAGGCGCACCAGAUCCAGAACGUGGUCACCAUCCAGACCGCCAGCGUGCAGGAGCAGCUGCAGCGGAUCCAGCAGAUCCGCGAGCAGCAGCAGAAGAAGCGGCAGCAGCUGGAGGCCAAGCGCGAGCAGUCCCUGCAGACCUCCAACCAGAGCGACAUCAUCCAGAAGCAGGUGGUGAUGAGGCAGAACGCCGUGAUCGAGCACCUGAAGCAGAAGAAGACGCUGUCCCCCGCCGAGCGCGAGGAGAACCAGAGAAUGAUCGUCUGCAACCAGGUGAUGAAGUUCAUCCUGGACAAGAUCGACAAGGGCGAGAAGCAGGCGGCGAAGAAGCGGAAGCGGGAGGAGUCGGUGGAGCAGAAGAGGAGCAAGCAGAACGCCUCCAAGCUGUCGGCGCUGCUCUUCAAGCACAAGGAGCAGCUGAAGGCCGAGAUCCUGAAGAAGAGGGCCCUGCUGGACAAGGAGCUGCAGCUGGAGGUCCAGGAGGAGCUGAAGAAGGACCUGAGCAAGCUGAGGAAGGAGAAGGAGAAGGAGAAGGCCCAGGCGGCCGCCGCCGCCUCCCAGGCCGCGGCGAGCGCCGCCCAGGCCAUCGCCGUUACCGCCGCCGUCGCCUCGCCCCCCUCCGCCCACAAGCGCAAGCGCGAGGACGACAAGGACCACACCCCCACCAAGCCCAAGAAGAAGAAGAUGAUCUCCACUACCUCAAAGGACACCAAGAAGGACACCAAGCUCUACUGCAUCUGCAAAACGCCCUACGACGAGUCAAAAUUCUACAUCGGCUGCGACCUUUGUACCAACUGGUACCACGGCGAGUGUGUGGGCAUCACCGAGAAGGAGGCCAAGAAGAUGGACGACUACAUCUGCAACGAGUGCAAGCGGGCACAGGAGGGCAGCACCGAGGAGCUGUACUGCAUCUGCCGGACGCCCUACGACGAAUCACAAUUCUACAUCGGCUGCGACCGCUGCCAGAACUGGUACCACGGGCGCUGCGUGGGCAUACUGCAGAGCGAGGCCACCCACAUCGACGAGUACGUGUGCCCGCAGUGCCAGUCCACGGAGGACGCCAUGACGGUCCUGACGCCGCUCACGGACAAGGACUACGAGGGGUUAAGGAGAAUCCUGAGAUCUCUACAGGCUCACAAAAUGGCGUGGCCGUUCCUAGAACCCGUGGAUCCCAACGACGCCCCAGAUUACUACGGCGUCAUUAAGGAGCCAAUGGACCUAGCUACAAUGGAGGACAGGGCCCAGAAGCGGUAUUACAGCAAGCUGACCGAGUUUGUGGCGGACAUGACCAAAAUCUUCGACAACUGCCGCUACUACAACCCCAGCGACUCGCCCUUCUACCAGUGCGCCGAGGUGCUCGAGUCCUUCUUUGUACAGAAGCUCAAAGCUUUCAAAGCAAGCAGGUCGCAUAACAACAAACUACAGUCUGCAGCUUCUUAGAAUACACAGCUCUUUGCUCUAAGUCCUAAACAGCGGGAAUCUGGUGUCUGAACAUUAACCCAUGGCGGAACCAGGCUACCUCUUCAGCUCUGGUGCCGUCCCUCCCCCACCCCCCUUCUCCCCCACCCCCUUUCCACCCCUUGCCCCCCCCCUACUGCCCCCCCCACCCCUCCCUGGCGAAAGGAAGUCUGUGCCGUUUUUAAACCAGCAUAAUCUCCAAAGGGCCCCCCCGUGCCCCCCAGUGGGGCCAGUGUGGGACUGUGUGGGAUGGGCCGGGCCUCUGCUCGGCUUGACCCCGUGUGAAGAUUUGGGGGAGAAAGCAGGAGGAGGCGAAGAGACUUUGGCUGCGGGAUGGUCACAUCCAAUCACGGAUGGGUGUCGGGUCAGGUGGUGGUGUGUGUGGGGGGGGGGGUGGUGGGGGGCGGGGGGUGUUCUUGGGUCAGUCAUUUACAAAGGGGGAAGGGGGGGAGAUGCUUUUCAUUUCAUUUCUUUUCUUUUUUUUGUAAUUAUUUUUGAGCAGUUAAAGGAAUUUGAGAAACGCUCUGAAGUCCAAGUUGGCCGCCACACCUGGCGCAAGUUACGUUCAAGAGAGCUGUAUUUAUUCUGUAGCUAACUCGUCAUUUCAGAUUUUAUAUCGCCGCACAUUUGUCGACUAAUUUUAUUCGUUGGGGGUGAAAUCUGAUUUUGCCUGGCAAUGUUACUUCUUUUUUUUUUUUUCUUUUUUUUUUUCUCCUUUUCUCCCCUCCUCACCUGAUUCCUGUAGUCAAAGAUCGGAUUGAAACAUUCACACCCAUUUGGUCUCUUCUGUGUUUGAAAGGAGCUGUUGAAAUUCGGAAUGAUUCAGGAAUCAGAAGGGCCUUCCAGGUAGUCAAUGUUUCAUGGCCCAGGUCAAGGCACUAAGACCCUGAUUUAUAUAUAUAUAUAUAUAUAUACAUAUACAUAUAUAUAUAUAUAUAUAAAUUAAUCAGCCUGCAGUACUGACCGACUGAAAUUGGAAGAGCGAUGUGUAUUUGAAGCUAUCCUGUUUGUAAAACUUUUGUCAGAUUGAAUUUUGUUUUCCUUUUUUUGUUUUUCUGUUUUUUGUAUUACAGCUGAAGAAAUAUUGAUGUAUAUGAAACAUAAUAAAAAGGAGAAAGACCGAGCUCUCUCCCACACUGAUA